CAGAGCUUCUCAGUGGUGGAACUCGUCCAAAUCAUUCUUCAAGAUGAAGGCUUUCGCUUUGGCUCUCUUGACUGUGGUAUCCGUGGGCGUGGUAAUUGGAAAACCUCAAGGUCACCAAAAUAACUGCGACAGCUGGUGCAGGAAUAGUCUUGGUCAUUUCACAUGCUGCGACAAACUCCCAAAAUGCCCUGUUGAUGAUCGUGAACCAGGAGACUGCAACCGUCAAUUUUCAUUGCAAGCACCGGCAGUAGGGAAUAUACCAAUCGUUUCUGGUCCUUUUGAAUGCGCAGAUGACAGUGAAUGUGGAGAAGGAGCCAUUUGCUGCCCUGAUAAAUGUAUUGGACACGACGUCUGCAAAAAUCUUCCACUUUAACAAAGAUAGAUGUUCAAUAUGAUUUUCCAAAUUAGACUUUGGUUUUUACUGAUAAAGUCAUUAAUGAGAACUUGUUAACCCUAGAGUACUUUCAACCCUUAUAUUGCACUCUUGUUAAAGAAAAAGUG